GGCAACUUGUUUCUCCUGAACUCGGGCGGCUCCUGCGAGGCAGCUCGACGUCUGUGCCGGGCAAAGCGCUGGGUGGGGCUCUGGGGCAGCUACAGGCCCCGGUUAUCUUCGGCGUUGCAGCAGCCCAGCCUGGCCUUGCCCAAGGAUCUUUUGUGAAAGAGGCUGUGACAGAAAGGAGUGGCAGGGGGCGGCGGCUGCACCCGCAGCCCAAGCGCCACUGUACUGCGCGCUCUUACUGCGCCCGGAUCCAAGCGGGGACCUGGCCACGAUGAGGAGAGGCUUCCAGGCGGCAGCGGGGCUCCUCCACCCCCGAGCGCUCCCCAGGGCCCCUCGAACCCUGCCUGGACUCAACUCCGCCUCUGCGUUUGGAUCUUCCACGGACGCCCUGGUCUCCAGAUUCUGUCCAGAGAAGACAGACUUGAAGGAUUAUGCCCUUCCCAAUGCCAGCUGGUGUCCAGACAUGCUGAGCCUGUACCAGGAGUUUCUGGAGAAGUCCAACUCAGGCAGCUGGAUCAAACUGCCCUCCUUCAAGUCCAACAGAGACCACAUCCAAGGGCUGAAGCUCCCGUCUGGCUUGGUGGCUGCCUCGGACAAAGGCGACUGGCGCAUCUUCACCAGGUGCAUCCAGGUGGCGGGACAAGGCUAUGAGUACGUCAUCUUCUUCCACCCAGCCAAGAAGAAGUCUGUCUGUCUUUUCCAACCAGGCCCCUACCUGGAGGGGGCUCCAGGGUUCGCCCACGGAGGGUCUCUGGCCGCCAUGAUGGAUGAGACCUUUUCUAAAACUGCCUACCUGGCUGGGGAGGGGCUGCUCACACUGAGCCUCAACAUCAGGUUCAAAAACCUGAUCCCUGUGGGCUCUCUGGCCGUCCUGAACGUCCAAGUGGAGAAGAUUGAGGACCAGAAGCUCUACAUGUCCUGCAUCACCCAGAGCAGAGACCAGCAGACAGUCUUUGCCAAGUCCUCAGGUGUCUUCCUUCAGCUGCAGCUGGAAGAAGAGUCACCUCCGUAGUCAUCACUAUGUCUUCGGCAGAGACAACCCUGAUCCUCCUGUCUGCCUGGAACCCACCACAAACAGGAGGGGUCCCCAGGAAGCAGGUGCAGAGGCUGUUGAGAGCCCUCUCUCUGAGUAAAUAAACUUCACUGCCCCCUGCUCA